GGACAAAACUCACGCCAAGGAGAAGAAGACGAUUCUGGUCCUGACAGUAACCAGCUUGAACAAGGAUCCCCGUUACAGGAGUUCUUGGUGGCGUACAUGUACCUCUACCCCUCUCAACGCUCUGCAACGGCAUGUCAUCACACACAAAAGGUCAAGAUGGGAUAG